AUGUUCUUCCUGAGCACCUUGGAGGAGAGCAUUCGAUUGGAGCCGAAGGACCUGGACAAGCCGCGGGCUGACGCCAUCUCCCUCGUGAUCGAGGAGCUCUUCGUUGACAAGAUUGUGCAGGACCUUGGCCUCGUGGUUACGCUGUAUGACAUCGUGAGCAUCGCCAGCGGGUUUGUGCACCACAGUGAUGGGGGUCCAAGGUUCCAGGUUGUGUUUCGCGUGGUGGUGUUCCGACCAUUUGCAGGCGAGGUGAUAGUGGGGAAGAUAAAGAGAGUGUCACGGGCUGGCCUGCACGUGAGCCUGGGGUUCUUCGAUGAUGUAAUCAUUCCAGAGCACUACCUCCAGGAGGAGUCCAUGUUCGACGAAGCAGAGCAACUGUGGUUCUGGAAGUACGUGGGAGAGGACGGGCAGGAAAACAAACUGUACAUGGAGCUCGAUGAGGACAUACGGUUCAAGUCAAAGGCGGUCAGAUUCCAAGCCAUCCCGACGCCAGAAGAACUCAGGAAGGCGCGAGAGAAGGACCCGCUGAUCGGCACCGCGGAGAAGCCCCUGGCGCUGAUGGAGGUCAUCGGGGAGGUCUACAGCGAGGGGCUUGGCCCGGUGGCCUGGUGGAUGGAUGAUGAUGAGGAAAACGAACAGAUGCCGUCUUGA